AUGGUUACUUUCAAGCUCCUUCUUGCAAUUGUCACCAUUAAACAAUGGCACACUCUCCAACUCGACAUCAACAACGCCUUUUUAAAUGGAGACUUAGACGAGGAGGUCUAUAUGCAAAUUCCCCAAGGCCUCACAAUUCCAUCUACAAUCACUGGGAACAACCUUGUUUGCAAACUCCACAAAUCCAUUUACGGCCUUCGACAAUCCUCACUGGCAAAGUCCCAAGCCGAUUACACCCUCUUCACACGAGGCUCUAAUGACACAUUUAUAGUUCUACUCGUCUAUGUCGACGACAUUAUCAUUGCUGGCCCCAACCUUCCCACAUUACAACAUUUACAAGACUCUCUUCAAGCAAGAUUCAAACUCAAAACCUUAGGACCCCUCAAGUAUUUCCUUGGUUUUGAAAUUGCUAGAGCUGCAACCGGUCUCUUUCUUUCACAACGUAAAUACACUUUGCAACUUCUUCAUGAUACCGGGUACACCAGUAGCAAACCGGCUAAGGCCCCCAUGGAUCCAAGACAAAGACUUGAUGACAAAGAAGGCGACCCUCUCGACAACCCAUCUCACUAUCGUCAACUUAUUGGACGCCUUCUCUACUUGACACUCUCUCGUCCCGACAUAACUUUUACUGUGAACACCCUCAGCCAGUUUAUGUCCUGCCCUCGGACACCCCAUUUAUCAGCUCUCCAUCACCUGCUGCGAUAUUUGAAAGGAUCCCCUGGCCAAGGCAUUCUUUACUCUCCAACAUCGUCUCUACAUCUCCGCGGUUUUUCGGAUUCUGACUGGGCUACUUGCCCCAUCACUCGACGAUCUACUACCGGGUUCUGCAUCUUCAUAGGCGACUGCCUCAUUUCAUGGAAAACAAAGAAACAACCCACUGUUUCUAAAAGUUCUGCUGAGGCCGAAUAUCGAGCACUGGCAGCCACUACUAGUGAGAUGACUUGGAUCCAAUAUCUCCUCAAAGAUCUUCACAUCAAACAACCCACACCAGCUUUCAUCUAUUGCGACAACCAAUCUGCCAUCCACAUUGCUAACAACCCCACUUUUCACGAACGAACUAAACACAUUGAACUUGAUUGCCAUUUCAUUCGUGAAAAGAUUGCCAAUUCUACCAUUCGUCUCAUUCCCGUGAGUAGCAACCUUCAAUUGGCCGAUGCCUUCACCAAACCAUUACCCUCUACUACUCUCAAUUCUCAUUUGUCCAAGAUGGCCAUACAUGACAUAUAUGCUCCAUCUUGA